GCACGAUCCGGAUAAUUAGUUUGAGAGUAACAUGGACAACAGCGUUGACGCCGACUUGGCAUUGCUGGACGAGUUCUUGCUGGAUGAUGGCAGUUUGUGCGAAGAAAUCUUCUUGCCGAGUGCAGCCGUCGCCGCUUCAGCUAUUGAAAACCCCACGCCAGGCCCCGUUGAGACCUCGACACCAUCGCCACCAUCGGCAUCGUCCUCAGGUGCAGCCAAAUCGAGCCGCAGCGCCGAUGAACCUGCAUCAUCAUCUGGGAAAAGAGGAAGAAGGAAUCGCGUAUACAUGAAGGACGAGCUGGAGUACCUCCGCGCCAAGCACGACGAGCUCGUGGCGCAAAUCGACGCGCUCAAUGCGGCGGCCGUGCCGCCUCCUUCCAUUUGGGCGCAACGCGCCAAGGACCAAGCACACGAAGCUCAGCGCGUGCUCCAGGAAAAUGCGCGCUUGAAGGAAGCUCUGGAUGAGCAGAUCAAGGUGGUGGCCGCGCUGCACCGCAUCUUUAGCAAGAAGCCGCGGCUGGCCGUGUUUCCUUCGAAUAGUUCGGGCGACUUGGCUGAGUGGAAGCUGGCCAAAUUGGGGUCGUCCGGCCGCCGCGACGCCAUGAAGCGACUGCUGGAUCACCAAUUCGCCGCCAUGGAGUCGCAGUGGAUACGCAAUGACGUCUACGCUGCCACCGCGAUGGCCGCUCCCGGCGCGGCGGUCAAGAAGGCGUUUGUGCGGAGCGGAAGCUUGUACCAUGAUGUGCUCGUCGUCCAUUUCGUGCAAUGCUCGACGUGGUCGGCACCAUUCACGACUGUGGCCGACGUGUUGUGGGACAUGGUGUCGGUCAAAGUCAAAAUCGAGUUUGCGAAUCAGUACGUGUCCGAGCGCGUGGAAGCCUUUGGGGACGACAUGAUGUACACGAGGUUUUCCGCGACCUUGCCGCAACCGGACCUUCCCGCCGUGGAUGGUCGGCUCGCGUCCAAGCGAUUUGUCUCGUCGAAUCGUGUGGUUAUUGUGUAUCGGUCGAUUCUAGACGACGUGUUGUUGCCGCAUGAUUCUCAGCACCUCCAAGACAACCAAAGUGGCUGGUCUGUCAUCGUGACAUGUCUGAUUCGGAUAUAUCAUUUUUUUGGUCCUGUGACAGGGUGGUGGUGGAGCCGUGGGGCGACAACGGCACGAAGCUGUCGAUCUUGACCUGUCAGACGCCGCCGCUCGCGCCGUCCCAGUCCAUCCAAGCCGGCGCCAUGUCCGAGUACAUGAUUGGCAUGUUCACCCAGAACGCCGCUGCCUUUGACAACGCCAUUGCUACUGCCCUCGCAUGUCCAUUGGGGACUGCUCCAGACUCGUCAUAAAGUCUCGCGAUAUUUGAAUCAUGUUUAGCCAGCGUCCGUUGACUAAAUAGCUUUAAAAUGGGGUUUCAUGGUACCUGUUGAAUACAGGAGCAUCGAUCGACUCGGCAAUACUAGGUUUAAUGCACAUAGUAUGAGCAUGCUGCCCAUAUACCGUACAUACAGUACAUCAGAACGGUCAUGUCGAGCAACGCUCGUGGUGGCGGCCCUGGAUGGG